AUGUCUGGGUUCUACAUCUGCUCUGCUGAACCUGGCUGCAAUGAAACAUUUACCAAGUUCGUGGACUUCAAGAGACACGAAGCCGCACAUUCAACAAAGGGGUACACCUGCACCUGGCCCGGGUGCGACUUUGCGACAAUGAUGAAAAGUAGCUACGACAUCCAUUCUGCUAAACAUACUGGCGAGAAACGCUACAUCUGUCCUAACGAUGGUUGUGACUACAAGACUCACGACCCUGCUCUCUUCACGCGCCACCGCAAGAAAGAACAUGGGUAUGUUCCUCUGGCGCUCGGUCGUGGUUCCAAAUCCGUCAAAAGGUCAGGCGAGACCAAGUCAUCGUCCCAGCCCCCGGCACAGUCCCAGCCCUCGGUACAGCCUCCUCCCCCUGAUGCAUUCCACCAAUACAAACUCGAACCCGUACAAUCGCAGCCCGUGCAAUUGCAACCCAUGCAAUGGCAACCCCUGCAAUGGCGACCCAUGCAACCACAAGCCGUACCACAUGGACCCAUGCAACCGCAGCCUGUGCAACCGCAACCCAUGCAGCCAGAACCCGUACCACACCGACCCAUGCAACCGCAGCCCGUGCAAGCGCAACACAUGCAGCCACAACCCACACCACACCGACCUGUGCAAUCGCAGCUCGUGCAAGCGCAACCCGUGCCACACCGACCCGUGCAAUCGCAGCCCGUGCAAGCGCAACCCGCACCACACCGACCCGUGCAAUCGCAACCCGUGCAAGCGCAACCCGCACCACACCAACCCGUGCAAUCGCAACCCGUACUACACCGACCCGUGCAAGCGCAACCCACCCCACCCCGACACAUGCAAUUCUACCCCACCCCAUACAAACCCCAACCCACUCUAUACCAGCCUCCCCCACCUGUCUACAACCCGUCGUUGGGAGUCUUCUACGACUCAGGAGAUACCGCGGACGACUAUACAAUGUACACCGGUCCCACGAGGGAUUCCAAUGGGUGGACUGAGGGAUGCAUGUGUCCUGAAUUGAUGCAGAGGCGCCCUUCGGAGAUCCUGUGGUCUGAGUAUGGGGGAUUUUAG